AAAGGAUAGGCAUGUAUCAGCUGCUUAGCUGUAAUAAAAUGUAAGCAGAGAAUAAAGUUAUACCGAGUUACUGACACUUCAUCAGUGUAACAAGUGUAAUGAAAUCCACACUACGCAAGCUGCUAAGAUCAUCAUCUUCUCUCUUGUAGACCAGAAAAAUGUCAUUUUCUCCUACUCUUCUUGAGGUGGAUGAAGCAUCCUCCCUGGAGCCUCAUCAGAGAUCUCUGCUUUACCUACACACAAUUCCAGAAAAGCAAGACACCCUCAGAAAUGGUCUUCCAUGGGAAUAGGAGCCACAGUGGCAGUCCCCAGAUCCUGAUGGCCUUGCUUCCCCUUUUACAUCAAGAGACAUUGUUCCAAAAGGGACCUUGGAGCUACCGAAUCCCAGCCCUGCUCUAUGUGCCACAAUUGAGUACCAUCCUGGCAUUUGCAGAGGAGAGGGAGGAUGUGGUGGAUGAACACGCCAGGCUGAUAGCCAUGUACAGAGGCAUGUAUGAUGCAACUACCCACCACUUGCAGUGGAACAAAAUGGAGACCAUUCUCAGUGCUCAGCUGGAGGGGCACCGAUCCAUGAACCCAUGUCCAGUGUAUGAUAAGGUUACUGGGGCCCUUUUCCUGUUCUUUAUAGCCAUCCCAGGAAAGAUCUCUGAAAUGCACCAGAUCAAGACAAAAAUCAACCUGGUACGCUUGUGCCAUGUCACGAGCACUGACAGUGGAUGCACCUGGAGCUCAGCCAAGGAUCUUACUAACUCUGUGAUUAACACCACACACAAGGAGUGGGCCACUUUUGCAGUGGGACCUGGCCACGGUCUGCAGUUGUCCAACAAGUCGCAAAACCUAGUGAUUCCUGCCUAUGCCUAUCAAAUACUUGACCCUGGGAAAACACCCUCCCCCCACGCCUUCUGCUUUGUCAGUUCUGACCAUGGGAAGACCUGGACACGGGGGAAUUUUGUGGAGAAGGAGAGUGCAGUGGAGUGCCAGGUCACAGAAGUGCACAUCAGUGGAGAGAGAGUGCUGUACUGCAAUGCUAGAAGCAGCCGAGGUGCCAGAGUCCAGGCUGUGAGCUACAACCAUGGGGUAGAUUUUGAAAGUGGUCAGCAGAUAGCAAAGCUGGUGGAACCACCCCAUGGCUGUCACGGGAGUGUUAUAGCCUUUCCGUGUCCCACUGAUGGGAAGUCAGGGUGUCAAGACAGCUGGGUUCUCUAUACUCAUCCAACAGACCCCACUGGACGGAGAGACUUAGGAGUGUAUCUCAACAAGUGUCCCUUAGAUCCAGCAACCUGGACAGAACCCAGCAUCAUCUGUAAGGGUUUAUGUGCUUACUCAGAUAUGCAGUACCUGGGCCAGGGUCCAGAUGGCUCACCCUUGUUCUGCUGCCUCUUUGAGUUUGGCACUAAAUUGCAAUGUGAGAAGAUAGUCUUCCUCAUGUUCACGCUGAAACAAGUUUUUCCAGCACAGUGCUGAGCCCCAACUGACAAACCUUUCAGUACCCAUCUGUAAGCCACCUUAGUUGACUCUCAAUUUGACUUCUACUUGUCUGUCAGCAAAAGGCCUAUAUUCUCUGACUGUCCUGCUCUUAUUGCUGUAGUGUUGCAUGCAUAGCUGACCAUAUUUAUUAAAUUUAUUGGAAAUAGA